GUUUAUGGCUGACUCCUCUUCGUCUUCUUCGUAUAUCCAUAUGGUGCACCGUCUGAUUGAAGAAUGUUUGAUAUUCAGCAUGAGCAAAGAAGAGUGCAUGGAAGCUUUGUCUAAGAAUGCAAAUAUAAAACCAGUCAUCACUUGUACAGUUUGGAAUGAGUUGGAGAAAGAGAACAAAGACUUCUUUGAGGGUUACACAAAGGGAAACCAUGAAAGAGCUACUGAAAUACAGAAAAGACAAAGGAUCCAGAGCAGUCUGAAUGGCUACACAAGAGAGAAUAAUGACAAGGAUUGA